AUGCGGCGCUCAUCAACAGGCUCGCCAACACCGAUCAGGCCACUGUCAAUAGACUCGCUAUGCAUCGCUGACAAUGAAAUCUCCUCUGUGGCUAUGAGACAGGAGCUUUCGCCACCGCUUUCACCACCUGCUAUUGUCGACUCUCUGCAUGACGACUCAGCGAGGGAUUCAGUCGCGACUCCACUAGCCUCUGACUACAACACUAUGUUGGGGCCAAAGCGAACGGAAUCUCCAGCACAGCAAUCCAGCCCGGCUGAUCCGAACGCGCUUUGCUUGCGUUAUAGCCAUAACGAUUCUGUCAACCCGAUUAGAUGGCACCUGGCUCUCAAAAUGGACAUUCUUCCUGCAGCCAAGUACGACUUUCUCAAUUCUUAUCACAGCAGCCAAAAGCUCUAUGAUGGUAGCUGUGGCAGAGCUAGUCGUGGCCCUAUGGGGUCGCUCAGUCUUUUCUAUCUCUGGAAGCCCCAGUCAAGGAUCCUACCACCAAUGGUCUAUGCGGCGUCUUUGAUCACAAUUGCCGCCCUGGCCAUGGGCCCUUUCACCCAGCAAGUCAUCAUGAUCCAAGCAGACAACUUGGUAAUACAGGAAGGUAUCAACUCUACUAUUGCUGUUUCUAACUACUACAACCAUGAUCCGACAAACAAUGAAGUCGGAAUGUCAUUGACUGAGACUGGAGGCUUCGAAAUGGGGGGCAAUUCGUUUGGGACUGAUGUGGAACCAGACGUUCAAGGGUCUUUCUAUAACGGCUGUUAUAAUCUGGGAAAGUCCUCUCUCGACUUUAGCUGCCCUUCGAGCAACUGCUCCUGGGACGCCUUCAAUUCUCUGGGUCUUUGCAGUACUUGCCAAGACGUUUCUGAAACCACCCAGAUAGUUGGAUCUCUGAGUUCCGCGGUGAGUGUGCUGACGCCUCAAGGCUGGUUCGUCAAUAGCAUCAACGCUUGGGAUCGGGUGGUAGCCAUCGCAAAUGAGACUUUUGUCCAUUGGAUGUUGGAGGCCUUUCCGGGGGCUCAGAAGUUUGACACUUUGUCAGCAUCGUCGACGUUGGAGAACUUGCCAGCAAGCCUCGUGUCAAUGAUUUUCCUGCAAAUUUCCAACAUCACUGUUAUAAACGGGAAACUUCAAGAACAUUACUCAAUCCAGGAAUUGCCGCUCUGGCCUGUUGCUGGCCAGGACUUCGGCGGCCUCGCCAGAGGGCAAAGGGCCUAUAAUUGGGAGUUGUUGUUAACACCAAAUACCGACCGUAGUAAUACCUCCUCUCCUUGGUCGCCUUUCGAUCACGGCGGACUCAAUGUCAGCAUUUACGAACACACCGCCCUGUCAUCCUUCUUGGUUGACAAAUUUAAUACCAGUGGACCAGAGAGCGAAUCGAAGGCCACACUUUUUGGAAACGGGCAGAACGUAACGUCCACUAUUAGGAACAUCACCGACAGUAUGACGAACGCGAUAGUUAGGUCGAGUUCCAAACUACCGGCCCUCGGUAUUGUAUGGCAUCAAGAGCCCGUUAUUCAUGUUCAAUGGGCGUGGUUAGCCCUGCCGCUGGUUUUGGUUCUGCUCAGUGCCAUUCUGCUAGCAUCGACGGUAGUGGCGACAAAGCGCUUUCAUGCCCCACAGUGGAAAUCAUCUCCGCUGCCCCUCUUGUAUCACGGCAUCCGAAACUGGGACGACGAUGAAGAGCAAGACUUAGUGGAGGGAAGACUAGAGAGAGUGCAUGUAAUGGAGGAUAGGGCGCGCUCAAAGCAAGUGCGGAUUUUCACCACUUCGAAAGGCGGCAGGUGGUUGACAGUUUAG